AAAACGUUGAAAAACUCAGUGAAAAAGUAUUGAAAACAACUCGAUCAAACAAAUUAUCUUUCGUUUGAACAUCGUGGAUACAGGAAUGCCGGUUAUUGAAGGAGACGAUAUUUAUGAUUAUGAUGAUGAUGAGGAGAAUAUUGAAGAAGAAGAUAUUUCUUCUUCUGAUGAUGAUGAUGAUGAUUCUCGACACAUUACCAUGAUUUCAAUCUCAUCUGAUGAUGAAGACGAAGAAGAAGAAGAUGAAGAUGAAGAUUGUCCAAGUGAACAUGAAAUUAAUUCAUUUUUUGACAAUCUUUCAAACGUUUUGAAUGAAAAUGAGCUAAAAUUAUUUGAUAAAUAUGCCAAAGCUAUUGUUCGUUGUGCUGCGGAUGGCAUUAAACAAUCGGUUAUUGCCGAUUUGGCUGAGGUAUUGCUUCGUGGUGAACCCGGAAAUAAACAAUUGACUGAUAUUAAAAUAAAAUUUGCUUGUUCAAAGUAUCUUCAACGCAAAUUUGUCGAACGGGAAAGACUAACCGAAACUUCUAAUGGAGAAUUGGAAAUAAACAAACCUUGAUUUAUAAUUGUUUUGUAAUCAUGUUUUUCUGGUUCUAUAUGUUGAUCAUUUC